AUGACAGACUUUGUGCGACGACUCGUGUCGGGAAAGAAAGCACGAUUUCGGGAUGAGGAGUUGGACUUGGAACUAGAUCUAGCAUACAUAACAGAUCGGAUCAUAGUCAUGGGCUUCCCUGCGGCGGGCCUUGAAGGCCUGUACCGCAACCGACGCGAGGACGCGAAGAAGUUCCUGGACCACCGCCACGGGGCAAACUACUGGAUCUUCAACUUCUGCCCAAUCAAAGAGAAUUCGUACCCGUCUCAAGUAUUUGAAAAUAGAGUCAGCAGAUAUCCCUUUCCAGACCACCAUGCGCCUCCUCUGGCUAUCUUGCCGUUAAUCGCACGAGAAAUGCGCACAUGGCUGGACGGAUCGCCUGAACGUGUCGCGGUCCUGCAUUGCAAAGGCAAUGCAGCCGGCAAGGGAAGGUCGGGCACCAUGGCCUGCACGUACUUGCUUACGCUCACGGAUCUUCCCCGGCCGCCGAGCAUGGGCCGCAGCCGAGCUGCUGAAGAGAAGGCGAAACAGCGCGCUGAAGAUUUCAUGAACGUCAUGCCCGCCGACAUCGAUGCUUCUGUUGAUGUAGAGCCCCGUUCAGACGCGUCUUCAACAACGUCAGACCCGAUUAAAAAUGAAAUUUCGAACGAUGUGCUGGAUGCGAAGCUUACUAAUAAGACUACAGUUUCCAGAGUUGCGUCAGCCACUUCUCUGGACGACGUUCUGAAACUACAUACUGCGGGCCGCAUGAAACCGCCGUCGUCGUCUUCCGAGAAAGCAAAGCAGGGCGUAAGCAUACCGAGCCAACGGCGCUGGCUGUACUACUGGUCACUGCUGAUCGCACAUCAAGGCCCGCAUGGCCUCUGGUCGCUUAACGAGUCCGAACGUGAGCCUCCGCCAAAGGUGCACCUGACUCAGAUCAAGAUCCGCAUGCACGAGCUAUCGGGCGUGAAGGCGAACAUGAUCAAGGCGGCGAGCACGCUGAUGGACCGGGCGGGCAAGGGCAAGCUCGCGGGGAGCACGAGCCAGGUGUGGGCGUCCCUCGCCCGGUACGACGACGAGCUCGUGGACACGCUUGAGUGGUGGGAGCGCACGACACGCGUUGAUGACGGUAAUAUGGGCGUGCGCAAGCCCGGAUCGCAACAUCAGCCCGACGGGGAGCUCACGGACAUGUUUGCGACGGCGAAGUGGGACAAAGGCAAGAUGGUGCGGCCGUUCGCCCGCCUGGGGACCGUCAACGGAGAUGGCGUGCAGAAGCAGCUGUCGGAGGUACGCAGUUUGAUUAUCGCUGUCUACGUCCUGCGCCCUUUAUCGGACGACAGCUGGACGCUGGUUAAGUCAGGUCUAGAGGGUGAUGAGCAGAGCCCCACGGUCGAGUCCGAGCAGGAUUCCAUACAGGAUGCGACACGAUCAUUGGAGGAUACGAGCGGCAUUGUGCUCGAUGCCCACCGCGAGGUCCGGGUGAAACUAUAUAUCGGUCAGGUUUUCAUGGGGUGGUUCUGGUUUAUACCCACGUUCCACAUGGCUCACCCGCGCUCACAAACGCAGCAGCCCACCGUCUAUCCACUGACGCGCAAGGAAAUCGACUUUCCGCUUGGUAUCGGAUCGCACCUCAUCGACGUCGUGGUGUCGAUGGAGUGGUGCGCCCCUGAUGCGGACGUCCUCUCUCCGCCCGCCAGAGAGGACAGCCAGGAUUCCGUCGAAGGCCGAGGCGACCCCACGGGAAUUGGGGCGGCCAUACAUGCUGCGGCGAUAGGGGAGACGCAGCAGGCAACAGAAGCAUCCCAAGUCGGGAACGAAUGA